CUCAUGGCAAACUGCGCUCUACAUGGUAAAUUAAGAGUGACCACAGUGAGUGAAUGCUAGUCGCGGAAUCGUGUUCUGUUAACAAUAAUUAAAACUUUGUGUUUUUAAAUAGUGUAUAGUGUUUAAUAAAGGAUUUUUUUUCACUAUAAGUUUCAGAUUCAUGUCGUAAGAAUGAAUUAUUCCACACUACUUGUCAUUUUCGGUUAUUUUGGCGUCGUACGUUCGUUUACAAAAUAUGGUAGAAAUUGUCAAGAUAUAGGGUGUCCCAGUACUCAAGAAUGUGUUAUGAAAACAGACCCCUGUAGUUUUUAUAGUAGACAAGGAGAAUGUGGUUCAUAUCCGACAUGCGAAAGGAAAGCAAACGCUAUAAGGACAUGUAAAACGCAUGUUUGUCCCCCUACGCAAGUUUGCCAAAUGGAUGGGGAUACACCGAAAUGUGUUGAAAAUGCCAAUAAAGCUGGCCAUGUAGGAUAUGCCACUAGUGGGAAUACUAAUUAUUUAUCACAAAAUUCAAACAGCAAUGGUGGUAAUUUGUACCCGCAUAUUCCGAAGAGCGAAACUACCCCAAGACCCAACAUAAAUCGACCUGUCAAUUCAGGUGGUUACCAAGGAGGUCGCAUUGGUUCUGGUUAUCCCGGAGGACAAGUAGGUUCUGGUUAUCCCGGGGGACAAGUGGGUUCUGGUUAUCCCGGUGGACAAGUGGGUUCUGGUUAUCCCGGGGGACAAAUGGGUUCUGGUUAUCCCGGUGGACAAGUGGGUUCUGGUUAUCCUCAACAAGUAAAUUACCCCCGACAGGCUUACCCCCAACAAUCUGGUUACCCGCAACAAAGAAAUUAUCCCGGAUAUACCCAAGGUGCCCCAACACAAAACGGUUACCAACAAUAUGGAGGUUAUCCACAACAAAAUUAUGCGCAGAAUCAAAAAUCUUAUUCACAAUCGAGCGGAAGCUCCGUUUCUGACAAAAUCACCAACGGACUAAAAUCAAUAGGGCUAUUCUGUAUUAUAUUGACUAAUUUUUAUACGAAAUUAAUUAGUUAUUAAAAAAAUGUAUUAAAAAUAUACCUGGACCUGAGAAAUUUUUCGAUGUAAGUAGGUUACUUGUUGUGUACGACGCUUUAGGUGGUAGUUUCGCACUUUUUUUAUUUCGUUUUAGCAGAAUAGCCCUAUUACAUGGCAAUAAACACGUAAUCAAACCCGGCUUUUAAAUUUUUCCCCUCGUAUCUUUUUUCCGUCUCCUACACUAUUACAAUAACCUAUUUAUAUUUAAUACCCCCUGUAUUUUAGUCAAUCUACUAACAUUUGUUCUUCAGUUUUGUGAUUUUUUUUAUUUUCAACCCUUAUCUUAUUGUGUUUUUUUUUCUUCAAGGUGGAUUUUUUAAAAAACUGGGUAUCAACUAAAAGGAAACAAAUAAAGCGUUAUAAUAUGCAAAUAGUUCUCGUUUAAUAUUUUUUUUUUUAUUUUGUAUAACAGAAUUUUAUUGUUUAUAUACGUAACCAAAUAAAUUUAUUAUUUA